AUGCCCUGGGAGAGCUGGGGCAGAGAAGCUGCACGUCUUGGAGGCCUGGGGCACCUGCAGAGCCCAGGAGUGGGAUCUGCCAGGGCCGGGGGACAGGAGGCCGUGAGAGGAAGUACUGGAGCCGCCCGGGGGCUCCACCAGCUUUGUGACCCUCUGAAAGCCUUGGCUCGGAGCCCCGCUGGCCUUGGCAUGGGGGCUGAGGGGCAGGUGGGUGAAGCCCCCGAGCUUCCCCAGCGCCCAUCGGAGACUUCCGGCUGCAGCACGCACCACGGGCCGGCCCAGGGGCGAGCUGGACCUGACGCCCAGCGGCCAUCGGCCUCGGCUGACCGCUCCCCGCGGCUCUGCGGCAGCUGUUCUGUUGUUUACAAGUCCACCGGGGGUCCUCUGAGGGUGGACCGCCCAGCCUCCAAGAAUGGGGCACGGAGCCCGGGCCGCGGUGGGUCAGCAGUGGUCCGCUCGCGUUUGCUGGUCUGGGCGUGCGGCGGGGCGGGGGGCGUUACAGCUGAGGUGGGAGCCAGGGUGGACCCCCCCGACCGGAAGCAGCUCAGACGCUCCGGCCCCUGGACCCGGGGCCCUGCCGAGGCGCCGCACCGUCUGCAGGUGGCGCUGUGCCCCCGUGUUGCCCGCGUUGCCGCCCUGACUUUGCUUUUCCUCUCGCGCCGUGAUCCGCGGAACCUGCGGUUGAUCCAGGGCUCGGGGGUCCUGAGUUAA